AUGAUAGAAAAGGAUCUCAAAAAGACCUCUUUCUGUCAAGAAGAAGCGCAAAGUUCCAUGGUACAAAUGUGUAGUGCUCUUAUGCUUCAGGUCCCAUCUACCGUCUUUGUACUCCUCGUAUCUCGUAUCCUACUAUCAAAGUUACUAUCUAUCAUUAUGCACUCCUGCAUCCCAGUCAUGCCACGAGGGAACAAUAUCACGUUUCUCCACGGUACUGUAAGCACCUUCCGGAAGCGCUGGGGAUUUGCUAGUAAGGGUGGCACGGUGAAGAUUUAA